AACUGUUGAGAAAAUCAGCAGAUUCAGUCGCCCGUAUUGUUAAUUCGCAUAGGGAACUAAGUGCGCUUGAACCCCGUUGCCACUCAAGCAUCAGUCAUUUAGUAGAUUACGCACGAAGUGGAAGAGGUUAAAUUUUGCAAGUUUUUCAGUUGUUUUUUUAAAAUCAAAAUGGUUACUUCUGAUGAAGACCAAAAUGGUAAGUUCUCAAAGUGCUAUAUCCUCUUCAGACCCCCGGUACACAUUUGUGUACAAAAUAUUUAACUCCAUUUUUAGACUUUACCGUUUACGCAAAUUAAAUUUCAAUCGAUAAAUCCCUAUUAGUAACAGUCUGUUUGCGCCCCGCAAGUGCCACUUGUUCUCUGGCAGGCAACCUGUGCAAAAGUGAAAGUGUCAUGGCGUCUACCAGCACAGCUGAUUCUGAAAAGGCCAGACCGGUUCACCGUAAGUACCAAACAGUAAGUACCCGUGCUUGUAAAUCACGCCACAACAAAUUUGUUUGUACACAUUUGUGUACGUUGGGUCUUAUAUUGGUCUAAAAGAAGUUUUUUUUUAGAUCGGAACGUUUAUUACAGCGACGAACAAUUAGCGGAGAUUUUGGAUCAGAGCGAUUUUUUUGCCACUGACGAAGAAAGCGACUUUGAAGCUACUAAUGCCCAUUACGAUAGUGACUCCAGCAGUGACUUUUCAAGAAAUGGGGAAUCAUCUAUCAGGGAAUCACAAGUGAUCCCAACAAUUUAUUUGGAUGCCCAUAACAAUGCAACAAGUUCAGAAGAAGAAGAAGAUUCAAUUCCCCUUAGUAGAGUUUUUCCAAACUUAAUUUGUCCUGUUCAGGAAGACAAUGAAAGUGAUGUCAGCAGUUCCUUCGGUAAUAACUCAAUACUAGCCACUAAAAAAAAAUUAUCCCCAAAAAAGAGAUCUGUUGGUAACUUAAAUCAAUCGCGUAAGAGGCAAAAAACUCAAAAAGUACCGGCCCAAAAAUGGCAUGACGUAGAAGAGGGCUGCGAUUUAGAGACUGAUUUUGCGCAAUUCAUUCCUCCUUUACCUGAUUUUUGGGUUACCCUCGAAUACGCAUGUACUGGUCAAAAUCAUUUAAAAUUCCACCGAUCGCUGAUACAAUGGGCAGGAAUAGAUUUUUUAAAAUAAGAAAUUAUCUUCAUGCUGUUAAUAACUUGGAAGUUUCAGAUGAAGAACAAAAACGUGAUAAACUAUGGAAAGUGCGUCCAAUAAUAACUUCUUUUCAUAAUGCGGUUUUGCGGCUACCGAGAGAGGAGAAUGUGAGCAUUGAUGAACAAAUGAUACCAUUUUCGGGUAAAGUAGCUAUUCGACAGUAUGUUCCUCGAAAACCCAAUCCCACUGGUCUAAAACACUAUGUUUUAGCUUCAAAAAACGGAACUAUUUUAGAUUUUGAAAUUUACCAAGGAAAAACAACUAAUUUUCCAGAAGACGUCGAGAAGGAAAAUUUAGGUGCAGGGGGUAGAGCCGUAUUGCGUUUAAGUGAAACUUGUUCACCUGGAACAAACAUUUAUUUUGACCGCUAUUUGACAAGCAUUACUUUAUUAGAUAAACUAAGGGAAAAGGGAAUUUCUGGUACAGGAACUACAAUGUCCAACAAAUUUCCAAAAGUUGGUUUUCCCACUGACUAUGAACUAAAAAAGUUAGGCAGAGGGAUUAUAAAAUCAAAAGUAAGAGAUGAUAACAAGGUAGCUCUAGUUAGGUGGAUGGACAAUAAGGCAAUAACAAUGGCCUCUUCAGCACACAGCAUUAAUCCAAUACAUCAAUGUCGAAGAUAUUCGAGGCCUGAUCAACAGUAUUUAAAUGUUCCCCAACCAGACAAUGAAUUUAUGGGAGGGGUUGAUUUACUGAAUCGACUAAUUGCAGCUUAUAGAUGUUAUCAUAAAACUAAAAAAUGGCCAAUAAGAGUGUUUGAACACUUCAUGGAUUGUGCAGUAGUCAACUCAUGGAAUCAGUAUAGGAGUGACUGUGAAAUAUUAAAAGUCAAAAAGACUGACAUUCUAGAUUUAAUCGGAUUUAAAAUGCGCAUAGCAGAAGCACUAAUUAAAGGGAUAUCAACUGCCGAAUCUGAAUCUGAUUAUGAGACUUUUGAACCUAUAUCGCGAAAAAAAUUACCGGGUCGGCCUGGAAGGGUGUCUCUACCUCCUGCUGAAGUGGCAAAAUCUAAAGGCCGGCAUCUACCAAAAGCCAUGGAUAUUAAAGAGGCUCAGAGGUGCAGAAAUCCCGACUGUACGAGACGUACGCGAGUCAAGUGCAUUUCGUGUAAUAUUUGUUUAUGCGUUGUUAAAGACCGUGAUUGUUUUAUUGAGUUUUAUAAUUAAAACAAGAUUCCUCUUUUAUGUUCUUUAGUAAUAUAUGUUAUGUUUUUUUUUCAUAUUAAAUAAAUGCACUUUUAAAAUUAAAAAAUGUUUUUUAUUUUUUAUUUUAACUUCAGUUAGAUACUAAAUUUUAACUAGCUACUGUUGAAAAAUAUUUUGUACACAAAUGUGUACAUUGGUAUUCGCGAGUUUAAAGGAUAUAUGGACCCAAGAUACACAUUUGUAUACAAAUUAUUUUAGCGCCCCGUUUGGCGGGGCAAGUAGGAUUGGGAUAAUUAUUAGCUUAAAAUGGUGCCCUAGUUAACUCCAAGUGAACCAAAUAAAAAUUGCACACACUAUUGUCGCUUGGGUCUGAAAAGGAUAUAAUUUGUUGAAAUAUGUUUUCCUUGACGUUAUGUUUUUUUAAAUUUUAGAUCCGUUUAGUGAUAAUUCCGAUGUUAAUAUGGACUACGUCUCAAAUUAAAAUAGUUCACAGUCUUCUUUAGAUUCAGAGCUUAGCAUAGCAGCAAGAGAACCUCAAGCAAAUACAUCCAAGAAACG